CUCUAACAUAUCAAGUCCCAAUGGCAAAUAAAUUACGUAAUUCUCUCCCCAAAACAUCACCAUUUCUCAACCUUUUCAUACCCUUGUUAUUCAUCUCCCUGGUUUUCGCAGAAACCCCACCAACCACUUCUGUAUCUCCCGUAACCAUAUGCAAAUCCACCCCAGACCCAUCUUAUUGCAGUUCCGUCCUCCCUCCCCGAAACGCCAACGUUUACGACUAUGGCCGUUUCUCAGUGAAAAAGUCUCUUUCACAAGCAACCAAGUUCUUGAACUUGGUUAACAGAUACCUUCAACGCCGCUCUUCUCUUUCAACCUCCGCAAUCCACGCGCUCCAAGAUUGCCAAACCCUCGCCGAACUCAACGUCGACUUUCUCUCCAGUUCCUUCCAAACAGUCAACCGCACAACCACGCUCCUUCCCACUUCGCGAGCUGACGACAUCCAAACCCUUCUAAGCGCCAUUCUAACCAACCAACAAACCUGCUUGGAAGGCCUCCAAGCCACAGCCUCCGCUUGGCGUGUCAGCAACGGACUCUUCCUACCGCUUUCCAACGACACCAAGCUCUACACCGUCUCUCUCGCGCUCUUCACCAAGGGCUGGGUCCCCACCAACGCUAACGUCACCGCGUUUCAACCACCCGCCAAACACCGCGCCUUUCGAAACGGUCGUUUACCGCUCAAGAUGUCCAGCAGAACACGCGCGAUCUACAACUCCGUGAGUCGGAGAAAGCUCCUUCAGGGGAAUGUGGGUGACGAGGUGAAAGUGAAGGACAUCGUCACUGUCAGCAAAGAUGGUAGCGGGAACUUCACCACCUUGAACGACGCCAUUGCGGCGGCGCCCAACAAGUCUUCCUCUACAUCGGGGUACUUCCUCAUCUACGUCACUGCUGGUGUUUAUGAGGAAAAUGUGUCCAUUGAUAAGAAAAAGACAUACCUGAUGAUGGUUGGAGAUGGCAUCAACAAGACAAUUAUUACAGGAAAUCGAAGUGUUGUUGAUGGCUGGACAACUUUCAAGUCCGCAACUUUUGCGGUGGUUGGAGCAGGAUUUGUGGGUGUUAACAUGACCAUUCGCAACACUGCUGGAGCAGAGAAGCACCAAGCCGUAGCACUUCGUAACGGGGCAGAUUUAUCGACGUUUUACAGUUGCAGUUUCGAGGGGUACCAAGACACACUCUAUGCGCAUUCCCUGCGACAAUUCUACAGGGAAUGCGACAUCUACGGCACCGUGGAUUUCAUAUUCGGAAACGCGGCGACAGUUUUGCAAAACUGUAACCUUUAUCCUCGUCUCCCAAUGAAUGGCCAAUUCAACGCCAUAACCGCACAAGGCCGAACCGAUCCCAACCAAAACACCGGAAUUUGUAUCCAAAAUUGUACGAUUAGAGCAGCCGAUGAUUUGGCUGCGAACAUAAACGCGGCUGAAACUUAUCUGGGAAGGCCUUGGAAAAAUUACUCAAGAACGGUUUACAUGCAGAGUUUUAUGGACAGCGUGAUCGAUCCAGGUGGGUGGCGUGCAUGGGACGGUGAUUUUGCUUUGAACACUUUGUAUUAUGCAGAGUUUAACAACACUGGACCUGGAUCGACCACUGCAAACAGAGUCACAUGGCCCGGUUACCACGUGAUUAAUGCCACCGAUGCUGCUAAUUUUACUGUCUCUAACUUCUUGCUCGGAGAUAACUGGCUGCCCCAGACCACAGUGCCUUACGCAAGUAACUUCGUAUAGAUACAUUCAUUCGCCCAUUCACUUUGUUCUACUUUUAAGCUUUACUUUAUUUUUUUUCUUAUGAUUAAAUAAGCGGGUGAUCCUGUGUAACAAAUACACCGUCCCUCCA